AUUAUACGAAGUAGGACGGACGAAUGUACAAGUACUCCGUAAUACAAUUAAUAAUAAUAAAAUAAUACGAAAAACCUCGUGUGUUGACUAUUCCACAUAUUGACUUCUCUCUUUCCUCAGCCCUUCCCAUAUAACUCAACAAACAAAUUUAAUAUCACUACUCAUAAAUUUAAUUGCCGCCCAACCAAUCUUCCCCUUUUUUUUUUUUUUCCCAAAAUCACCGAAUUUUAUUUUCAACCCAGAAAUCCAACCAAUACUAACGAAAAAACCAACCAUUUAUAAUUUCAUUUCCAUUCCAAAAAAACAAAAUUAAAAAAAAAAAAAAACCACUCAUUCACUUCCCCUGUUUUUGCCCAUUUUCCGGCGAGAUGAACCCGCCGCCGCAACCACCGCCGAAGAAGGCGAGGAGAGAGAAUCAGAUCCAGAUCCAAGGCCCACGGCCCAGCCCACUUAGAAUCCACAACAAUUCUCAGAAAAUCAAGAAACCUCCGAUUGUACCCAAACCCGCUUCUCAAGCUCCAGACCCGGUUACCGGAAACCAACCCGUAAUUAUCUACUCGGUUUCCCCAAAACUCAUCUUCGUAGAAGCUUCAAAUUUCCGAUCAAUAGUUCAACAUCUCACCGGAAGAGAAUCAACGGCGUCGGAAACCACUUUUCCCGGCGAAGUCCCUGUUUCUCCGGCGGCGAGAUUUGCAGCGAUUGAAAGAAGUAGUCCGAGUGAGAGGGAGAGGAGAGAGAGAAGAGGUGAAAAUGAUAAUGAUAUGAUGAAGAUGAUGAUGGGAGGAGAGAGAAAUGAUGGGGUUGAAACAUUGGAUAUGGGUCAAUUUCCGGGGAUUUUAUCGCCGGCGCCGGGGAAUUUGCCCGGGAUUUCGGCUGCGAUGUUUUCGCCGAUUGCCGCGGCGGAGAAUCAAGCAUGGUUUGGUGUGAAUGAAUUGUUGAUGAGUCCAUUUAUGAGUAAUAUGAGCUUCAUGCCAAGUCCUUCAGCUCUGUUUUUGUCUAAUGCUCCUAUUGUUUCUCCUUCUCCUUCUUCCUUUGGUGAGCUCUUCAACAACUUUGACUAAAUUUUAGUGUAACUUUUAAUUUUUUUGGUAGGUUUAUUAUUUUAUUGGGUGAUAUUUGAAUGGUGUACAUUAGUUGUAGACUUGGAAAAUUAGAAGUAAGUCUUUGUGGUAGCAGUAUAAAUGUAUUCCACUGGUCGAGGACAAUGAUAUAAACAGGAUUUUGUCGUAGUAGAUAAAAAUAAAAUGGGUUUCAAACAA